UUUUCUGCACUCUUGUGACAAGACAAUUUCCCCACUCUGGGAGAAAUAAAGUUCUCUCAAUCAAUCAAUCAAUCAAUCAAUCUAGGAACAUUCUGAUAUGCUAAUCACGAGACGAAGAGUGCGGUUGGGGGUUUUCGGCUCAAGAGGAGGGAUGAAAAAUACACAAAAUGGGCUAAGGUAGUUGCGAGGAACGGCCAACUUGAGGGGGGAGAAACUACUCUGCAGAAAUCCAAUUUAAGAGAUUAGUUUAUUGGCUGAAGCUAAAUCCAUCGGUAAUUAGAAGUAAAUCAAAGGUGAAAGCAUGCAACACACUUAGAUGCACAACUUUCCCUCUCUCAUUAGGCUUAUUUGGACCAUCUAGCUAGCUGGUGGACUUUGCAAAAAUAGGCCCACCUUUUCGAAUCAUUUUUGCAACCAACCAACCAACCAACCAACCAACCAACCAACCAACCAAGCCAUCAUUAAAACAGGACAUGGACAAUGAUUGGAAAAACAGUCCAAUCUACAAAUGGGAAAGAAAGAAAUGAUCAGACGAUGGCCACAUGACUGAAUUUGGCUAUGUUCACGCCCACAAUGGCACAGUCCACCCUUUUUUCUAACGACACCGGCUUGUGCACACCUGUGAAAUGACCAACAACUGGUCUAAUACACCUCCAGUUGCAGUAGAAUAGGGAGACAGACUCACAAGCAGGUGACAACUAGAGCUGUUUUUUGAGUGCACGCUCACGCUGUUCUAUGGCUUAGCGGCGGGAGCAAGGCUCGUAUGAAGCUAUUGGGUCGUGUUACUGUUGGUCAAGUCAAGUUGAUUGAUAUAGCCCGAAAUCACAAGCAAGUCUCAAAGAGCUUCACAUGUACAAAAAUGGAUAAUUAAAUCCCCGGCCGGAUCUUAAACUCCCAGGCGGGGCAAGGAAUAACUCUGAAAGCCCCUGCUGGGGGCAAAACCUUGAGAAGAGACCACAGAUGGGAGGAUGACCAGGCUGCAAUGGAUGCACAUCAUAUCAAACAAGCCAAAGAAAAAGUGGAUGUCCAAUUCAAAGGGCAGCAAAAUGGGAACGACGCACAGCGGGAACAAGGCUAAGCUGAUGAGGACGGAUGCAGUGGAAAAGCACAGCAGGAAGGCGACUUCCAGCAGGACUUUCACAAUGACUGGAAGCCUCCGGCGUACAGAAUUCUCCAAAGAGUCCCUGUCAAAAGUGCCUGAAGGAUAAUCAAUAAAAGGACACCAGUGCGAUCCAAACAAAGAGAUCGGGACAGAACCGUCCACCCGUUGCUUGUGCUCAGACGGACAGCUUUCCUGCGCUCCCUCUCGGUGUCCCGAGGGUCAAAGCUGCGUUGGUGCUCACAUGCGACGCCCCAGGGAGGCGUCUGACGCUGGGCUAUGUACUAUACAUAGCAACACGGACUGCAGCACUUUUGAUGGAGUAUUAUUUCGCUUCACGGCCCCCUGCAACUACAUUCUGGCACAGACCUGCUCUUCCUCUGAGGCUUUGUCCACUUUUAGUGUGGAGGUAGUCGGUGACCAUGAUGGCAAUUCAUCGCUUCCAGCUGUGCAGCAGGUCAUUGUGUCUGUGGGGAAUGACAGAGUGUCUCUUGUAAAAUGGCAGACACAAAGAGUUGUGGUCAAUGGGUUUCGGAGGAAUCUUCCACUCAUCUUCAGGAGUAGCACGGUCAAAAUCAAGAGUAACCUGGCAGCUGUUGAACUCGAAACCAGUUUCGGCCUUUCCGUGUCAUAUGACAAUGCGGGUGAUGUGCACAUCCAGCUGCCGUCCGUUUACUGCGAGAAAGUCUGCGGAUUAUGGGGCAACUUCAACCAUCUCAGAGAGGAUGACUUGGGAAAUCCUGACGGAGCACCUGCGCACAGUGCCGCAGAUUCGGCCGACGGCUGCCAAACGGUUCUCCUCCCUCAUCGCUGCGACCCCGCCGAAGGAGCCGAAUAUAGCGACGAGCCGAACUGCGGAGGCCUCCUCUCCAGUACGGGACCGUUUGCAGCAUGUCGAGCCUUUCUGGGAGCAGAAAGCUACUUCAGGGGAUGUGUGAACAAAAUGUGCGCCACUCGCGGUGACCCUCGGGUGCUCUGUGAGACGUUGCAGAUGUAUGCAGAUAUCUGCAGGGACGCUGGCGUUACUGUGCCGUCAUGGUGGAAUUCUACCAUGUGCCCUCCACAAUGCGGUGAGAACAGCCAUUACAACUCAUGCGCCGACGGAUGUUCAGACGUCUGCUCCGGCGGUCAGGAUAGAGUGGGAUGGUGCGGACGUUGCCAGGAAAGGUGCGAGUGCAACGACGGCUUCAAACUCAGCGGGGGCAAAUGUGUUCCAACGGACGACUGUGGGUGCUGGCAUCAAGGAGAACACUAUGAGAAAGGACAAAUGGUCUUGGAAGGAGAAUGUUUGCAGGAGUGCCAAUGUAUGGGCCACAAUAAUGUCCAGUGCGCUCGAUUGCGAUGCGCCAGAAAUGAAGCUUGUAAGGUUGAAGCCAGAGUCAGAGGAUGCUUCCCAAGCAAGCCUGCUGCCACCUGUAGCGUGUACGGUGAUCCGCACUACAUCACCUUUGACGGGACGGCGUACGACUUUCAAGGCGGAUGCAGUUACAUACUGGCUAGCACAUGUGGAGCCCAGAGCUCGGUCCAUUUCACAGUGAUCGGGCACAACAUGCAUCCUCUCCUUCAUAACAUCACCCGCUCGAAGCUGGAUGCUGUGACACUUGAAAUUGACAAUUGGAACUUCACAUUGAAUGAGAGCAACAAAACUCCCUUACUGAACUACGUUGUCUUAGAGACAACCUUUGGACUAAGGAGGCAAAACAGGUUCUCCCUGCAAGUCGAUGAGAGCUACAAAUACCAACUGUGUGGUCUUUGUGGUACCUACUCAGACCAGCGGGAUGGUGACUUCAUAAAACCAAGUGGGCAAAAUGCUACAGAAGCGUUUGAGUUUGCUGAUAGCUGGAGGGCACCACACAAAAAUGAGAGUUAUUUUAUUGAUACAACUGACAUCAAUUUCUCCCUUCCAAGAUGUGUUUCCCACCCAAAUGAUCCUCGACUCUGUGAAAACCAGGAGGAGGCCUACGAUGAGUGCUUUGCCAUCCUUGGAGAUGCCUUCCAACCUUGCCACGAAAGCGUUCACCCGAGCGCCUAUAUCAAUAGUUGUGUUGGUGACUAUUGCGCAACAAGUGGCAACCAACACACCUUGUGUGAAGCUCUUAAAUCCUACGCAGUCGCUUGCCGUGUGGCAGGAGUGGAACUGCCCCAUUGGGCGACAGGUUCCGUCUGUGAAGCCCAAACUACAGAAAAUCCUCCUCCAACUCGUCCCGCCUCGCAAAAUGAAAAAUCAGUGACAUUGUUCCUGGAGCUGCAGAGAACAGACCACUACAGUCAGUAUGCCAACUCCUCACUUGUCAUUUUGGAAGACCUAUGCCAUUGGAAUCAGCUCGUUACUGACGCAUUUGACUGGACGAGACAAAGCGUUUCAACCCCUACACUCCUGACAGGGCCCUCUUCAGAUCACACCACAGGAUAUGGCCACUACCUUUACAUUGAAGCCAACAGCGCAUCAUAUGGAGACACAGCUCGCCUCAUCAGUUCAGAGUGCUCUGCCUCUGGUCCGCAAUGUCUGCACUUCUGGUACCAUAUGUACGGCUCGGCCGACACUAUGGGCCUCCAUGUGUAUUUGCUGCAAGACAAAGAGGCUUAUGCUAUUCGUCGGACCAGGAACAAUCAAGGAGCUAUAUGGCAUCUGGCCCAGGUUGAUUUCACCGCAACUGGAUCUUUUCAGAUCCUUUUUGAGGGUCGACGAGGUUCUAAUGAUCAGUCAGAUGUGGCCAUAGAUGAUAUAUCCCUAUACAGUGGGCACUGUUCAGACUCGACUAAAACUACCCCCCCUGCACCCAUGACAACACAUUCGAUUACAACAGAAGGUGCCGAACCUCCAACAGGAAACAUAUCGACGACACUAACAUCCACAAUCGAUACAACCACAGACAUAACUGUCACCGACACGCAGACAACCAGACAGUCAACAACGAAGCCUUCGACUCCAAAUACCUCACCAGAAACGCCUGGGUCGACAGUUACCAUCCAACCGCAGACCACUGCCGUAGUUCACCCAUCACCCACCAACCACCCAGUAGAUGAAGGAACGGAAGAUCCAGGACCUGAAGCCACGACUGAGGAAAUGACAGCACCUAUUACAUACCCUGGGUCCACAGCUAAGCCCAUACCGCUAACAACAGAAAGCAAUGAACCCACAACUAAACCACAUCCGAUAACAUCGGUGUCUGGUGCGACAGUUACCAUCCAACCGCAGAGACCUGCCGUAGUUCACCCGUCAUCCACCAACCACCCAGUAGACGAAGAAACGGAAGAGCCAGGACCUGAAGCCACGACUGAAGAAAUGACAACACCUAUUACAUACCCUGGGUCCACAGCUAAGCCCAUAGCGCUAACAACAGAACGCAAUGAACCCACACCUCAACCACACCCGCCAACAUCAGUGACACCACAGACUCCAAACAAAACUCCAACAGCUGGACUUCAGUCAACGAGUCUUUAACCUCAGCCUCCAAACGCAACAAGUGAAGCACAGUUAACCACGACCAUCAAACCACAACAUCCGAAUGAAUCUCAACCAGCGACAGCUGUUCUACCACAGCCCCCAAUUGCACCUGAAUCAAAAAUAACUCUACCGCGGACAUACAAACGGAAGCUGGGGGGCCUGUGUGGAAACUUUGACAGUCGAAUCUUGAAUGACCGGAUGAAACCGGAUGGCACGCUGGCCCAGACGCUUCAAGAGUUUGGAGGAAGUUGGAGAGUGUGACAGAGUCAUUGAUGAGGAAAGUAACAGCCCUUUGGAAACUGCUCAGGAAGUUCUACGUUUUCGUUUUCUUCACAUCAAGCAAAUGCUGAAUCGUCUUUAUUUUCAGUUCAUGUCUGUACCUUGCCUGAAUUCAUUAAACUCGGUCGGCUCUUGCUCUACCAUAACGAUGCACCCUACUAUUUCGUUCGAAGGGAAACUACUUUGAGAUCUCUUUUCUCUUGAUAUGAUUUUAUGAAAUUAGACAAUAAUAUAUACAUCAGUGCACCUUUUUCACAAUCCUUUCAUAGCAGCAUUUGCGACUUUUUUCAUUUUCCUUGUACCUAUUGUGGCGCAAUGAUUGUUAAGGAAAUGUUCAGGGAAAAACAAUAAUGAUCCUUUUGUAUGUCAGCAACACACAAAAGAAUACUCCACACGAUGAUCGCGUAUCUCGUUUGAGCAGUCUACUGAUGGUUUGGUUUGACUUUGCUUUGUUUGUCUGUUUUUACAGGAAAACAUGAUACACUCGGGCUUUGUUCAUAAAUUGAAACCCUUAUUUGAAUGUGUCCUCCGGUGACGCACUGGGAUCAUUAAAAAGGACCUAACCUGAAACCGCCUUCCCUCCCUCUUCAGGUGCCCAAACGAGAUUGCUACCAAUAGAAAGCAGAGGGGUGUGUCUCCUGAGAUUUAACGAUACUACUUAGUCGACGUCAAACAGCAAGGAGAUGAAGUAGGGAAGUUGACCUCCUCGUGAGACGUGAAAACUACAGUCAAAGAUGAAUCUGUUUGUUUGCUAUUUUUUGCUGUCGCUGUCUAUACGGCUGAUCAACGCACAAAACACUGGAUCAGAAUUAGCUACCAUCAGCACAGGUAACCCUCUCACACUGACUGUAUAUUUAACAGCGGGGGUUUGAACUUGAAACUUUGAUAUUUUUCUCUUUGAUAUAAUUGUCAGCUACCAACAGCGCAGGUAACUUAUCUGUCUAUUUUUA